AUGUCCACGGAGCAGGAAAAAGAACACAAAUUUGAUCGCGAGACAGCAACAGCCAUGGGACCGUACCUAGUCUCAGAGGAUCCGCCUCACUACCUCUCCGCCGUCGAUCUCAGCGACAUUCCCGAGAUGGUCAGGGUUCUCAACAUCAAUAAAGAUAUCUACAAUGGCACUGCUACCUUCCAAUAUCCCUACCUCGAAUCCCAUGCCCACGCCCGCAUCUCCCGCGCCGUUGACUAUACCACCCAACGUGGCUACAACACCCAUUGGGCCAUGCGCACCUCUCCUGAUGGACCUCUCAUAGGCUGGGUCCACGCCUAUAUCCUUCCGGACCCCCAAGAAGUCCACCCCGAAACCGGUCGAGAACUCAAGGUCGCCGAGAUCGGGUACUGGGUCAGUCCCGAGUAUGUCGGCAAAGGAUACGCAGUUCGUUCUGCAAAGUUCGUGACCCACGAGAUCUUGUUCAAGGAGUUUGGAUGCGAUAUCGUGCGUGCGGAGGCCUAUGUCGAGAACCGGUCAAGUCGAAAGAUCAUGGAGGCGACGGGGAUGCGAUGUGAGGUCGAGGCCACAACGGCGUUUAUCCCAAAGUUGCAGCAGCAUCGCAUUGUUUGUUGUUAUGCGGUUCAUAGAGAUCAAUCCACGUACAGUGUUGUCUCCAAAGGACAUUCAUGA